AUGGAGGAAACUCAGCGUAUCUUAGGAGGCUGCUCUGUCUUAUCGUGGCAACGAGUCGAUGGCGACGGUCUGUCGCUGCGAGGCAUUAGCGCAAAAGUAAAGGAGCUCGGCGGCAAAGUCGCCACAAGGCUCACCAAAGGCGUGACGCACAUCAUAUUCCAGCGUGCACUUGGAGCAUCCCCAAAGCAAGUGUUAGCCGAGGAUGAGGAACUACGCUUUAUUUAUCGCAAGGUUCAGGAGUCACAAGGUCGACUCUUUGUGGUGUCGCCUCUAUGGCUGCGGUCUUGUGAGACUGCGCGGGAACGGGCCAAGGUGAGUACCACGCGGUACUCAGCACAACUCCCUGUUCGGGAGGGAGGAACAGGGCCUUUCCUAAUGGGAACACGCAGAUGCACGCAUUCCCAGGGGCUACAGCCACACGAAAUGUUGCUAUCAUCCGCAAAGGAGGCGAAAUUCAUUGUUCCGCGGCCCACAAAGAAGAUUUUCCUGGACAAGUUUGGGCCAGGCGGGAGAAAGCGGUUCCGGAAAGCCUUCAUCGCACGGCCGCGUGAGCAUCUGGACUUGCGGGACAUCAACGACCCGCUGUUCAGCAGCAGCCAGCAGAUCCGUGAACUCGACGCACGCAUCGGCGGGAACAGCGACCAAGAGGGCGUCGAGGGGGCGGUCGACGCGCCGCCGCGGGUGCUUGCGGACAUUGAGGAAGGCGGCGAAGGGCCCACAGGGGAAAAGCAACAGCAGCCAUCCAAUGAGCAAAAUGCGGACCCGCCUUCUCUUGCGCACGUACGUAAGGUCGAAUUAUCUGAUUCACGCGGUCGAGCAGCGCAGCCACAACCGGGCAACAUCAAGCGGGGCAUGCGUCAGCUGGAGCUAAGCUUGUUCGUCCGUCCUAAGAAGCCGAAGCAGUCGCCCGCACGGCCUGACCUGUCUUCCGGAGGUGCGGCAGCAGCAGCACUGCAGCCGCCGCAGCAGCACCAGCAGCAGCAGUCCAUGGCGGAAGUUGAGCCCCGGGAGCCACGAGCCGAGGACAAAAGCUCUACAGCUGAGCCAGCAAAGGUGGCAGCUGCAGCGCCCGCACUCAGUUCACUCCUGCUGAAGGACGCGCCUGCAAACCCGAACCCGAAGAGCCUCAAACCUGUUCCCAUGCCACUCCCUUUAUCCGCACCAGCAAAACAGCAGCAGCAAUCCGCGAGGGGGUCUUGUGCAGUAGCGGCCCACGGCGGCGCUGAACACAAGCGUCCUACACAUGUCCCGCAGUCAGAAACGCUUCGUAGGAACAGCACUGCAGGCGCGGCACCCGCUCCGCUGGCUGCUGCAGCUGAUAGCAAGGUAGAUAGCGCCUCCAAAGCUGCAGUGCAGCUAGAGAAUCCUCGUCGCACCUCCACGCCUCCGCUUCCGGCAGCUAGUAAGCAGCAGCGGGCGGGAGCUGCAAUGCAACCGCGAACAAACACGCCGCAAAACACCGCGCCUGUUUUGGGUCCGGCGCCACCAGCCGCUAGCGCCGUGCCAACAACUGCUGCCGCACAGACGGCGCUGCCUGUAUCCGCUCCUCGCCGGAGUUUGCGGUCACUUUCAGGCACACCUGUGGCUGGGUUUGUUGUGAAGAGCAUCGGCCGCCUGACACCCAUGGCGAUGACACCCAAGAAUCUCACUCCAGGCAGCCUUGUCAUGCCCAAACUCAAGUCACGAGGGUGCUUGGCCGCGGGUGCUGUCGUUGCUGCUGUUCCGGAAGGGCCCACGGACAAAUCCCCUGCGGCGCCACAAGCUGACGAGCCAGCGCCGGAAGUGGAUGGGAAGGCGGCGGGGAGCUGUACGGCGGUGGCUCUGGAGGUAGCAACGGUGCCGGCGGGUGGUGCGUUGGGAAGCUGUGAUCCGGGCCCUUCAAUGAUGGACGUCUGCCAGGGCAUUGUCCCCGAGAGCAGGCAAGGACAGAAGCCAGCCGAUGUACUUGGACAGGCGGCUACUGCGGUUACAGCAUCAGCACGCCGAAGCGCUAGACUCUGCAGGGCGCCACCGCCGACACCGCUGCCGCUGCAAACCAUGCAGAUGCGUAUUCAGGAAGCCCCCAACGGCUCCAGGGUUGCCGCUGCUGCAGGAGGAGCAGUACCAGAAAGCCCAGUCUUGGGCUUCGGCUUUGCUGAGGCAGAAGCGGAAGGGGCCACGGACUGGGCCUGUGAUCCUGGACGUGGCGUGGAAGUGGACGAAUCAGCGAGUGGGCAGCAAGGGGAGCCGCAAGGGGCUGCCGAUACGCACCAGCGGCGCUUGCGAUCCAGGAACCAUGCUGCCCCUGUGAAGCCACUGCCUUUGUCGCCUGUGGUCCACGGCAACAUGCCUGCAGGGCCGCCAGGCGGCCAGGAGUCCACAAUCGCACCGUUGCCGGUGCCAGCGUUAGCAGCCGCAGCAGGGCAUGGAACUGCGUGCAAAGCGGGUACAACCACUGUAGGUGUCGUCACCGCCGUUGCAGACGAGUCGGCCAAGGGUUGGCUGUGUGGCGCGGGCCGGACGCCAGUGUCCACCCUUCGCCGCUCCACACGGCUCAGAGGCAGGUCACCACUUGCCUCCACGGCUCUCGACCGCAGCUGCGAACAUGAACCUGAGGCGGUGCUGGCGGAAAAUUUUGCAGCUCGGCCAUUGGGUUGUCCUGAGCAACAGCAGGCACAGCGGGAGCCACAGGAGCAGGAGCAGCAAAGGCCUGGCGGUGCCUGGGCUGGCUUCCUGGUGGCGAUGCAGGAGCUCCAGGGUGAGGCUUCACCUCUGCCAGUUCGAAGAAUGCUGUCCAUGGAGGGGGCUGGUCUGCACCAGGGUGGAGCCUCAGCGGCAGCGGCGGCUCCAGCAGACUGUACACCGAUAACGAACUGUAAGUCACGCCGGUGCAAGAAGAUCCCUGAUGGAGAGGAAAUGGAAGUGCAGCCACCGCCACGGCCGCCGCUGCCGCGCCCGCCGCGCCCACCGCCACCGCAGCAACAGCAGGGUGUAGUGGCUCCCUUGCAGCAGCUGCUGCAGCCGCCGCCGCCGCAGGAUGCGGCGGCUCCCUUGUCUUUACUGAAGCCCGCCCGCCGGCUGGGUGAUGAGUCAAGGCAUGGGGUGCAUAUUAAUCUGACGCUCACGGCAGCUCCUUCCCCGGCGCUGUGCACCCGGUCGCGGGCACGUGGUAGCACGGGGACCCCUGCAGCGGCGCCGGCCAAUAAGGGGCACCAGGGACCCGAUGUGCAGCCCGCGGCGGAUCCACUGCAGCACCGACUAAGUGACACGUUGCCUGCCGGCAGGGAAGAGCGCCAGGAUAACAGCGCGAGCGAGCCCCCAGCUCCACCUCAGCAGCCGCCUCCGGCUGCUGACGGCGGCAAGCCCAGCCGCAGCAGUCAGUCGGCCGGUACAUCGGGGCCGUUGCUGGCCGCGGCGGCAGCAGCAUCACCGAGUGGUGUCCAAGAGCGUUCGGGCAGUGUUACAAGGUCCCGACGCCGUGCACUAGAGCCGGGAGCGGCAGGCGCCGUGAACGCGCCGCCGCCGCCACACAGCACGGCUGCACGGUGUGGGCGCGGGGGAUUCACCCACGCUGCGGCUCUCUUGGAAGCGGCCGCAGCGCAGCCAGGUGCCGAUACCACGCAGGGUGCUUGCACGGCGGCAGGCGGUGACGCACAGCCCAAAGCCCGGGGCGGCUCCAGCAGCGCCGUGGGCUCAAAUAGUGUGGCGCCGCCUUGCCCUAAGCCUGCCACACUAAUGACGGACCCUGCAGUCGACUCUGAGGUGGAGCGUGCUGAAGCCGCCACCGCAGGUCAGGGACCCGGGGGACCGCAGCCAGGGGCAGAGGCAGCGCCGAAAGGCGCUGCUGUCGCGACUAUGGGAAGCCGGAACCCUCCUCACCGGCCCAGGACCAGCGCAAAGCAGAAGCGUCUGCGGGACUCGUCGGCUGCCCCGGGGAAGAGCUCCAAAGACAGUUACACCGCAUCCACAGCUGGAGGUGGAGGUGGAUCUGCGGACCUCGGCCUCCAAGGGAUCGAUGCCCCGCGCAUCGGCGCCCCGUCGGCAGCAGCGGACAGUGGUAACGGUGUUGUUGUAGGGACCGGUGGGAGGUUGGCGGGUGGGGCGGACGGGGCUGCAGGCGCAGCUGCGGCAGCCAAGGCCACAGCGACGGCGUCGGCACUGACGACGUCACGCCCAGCGAUGGGACCUGUGUCGCGCAGCAGGUUGCGACUACGGAAGCAGGCAGCUGCAGCGGUGUCUGCAGCAGACCCGACGGCGAGUGCUGGUUGCGGCGAGCGGGAAGACAUUGAUAUGGCCGCGGCAUCCGGUGCUGCAGGCCCCGAACAGUGUUUGUCACCCCAGCGCUCCCCCAAACGACUAAGGAAGAUGCCAGACACUGCGGCAGCGGCAGCGGCUCCAGGAGUAUCUGCUGACUCAGCUGGUGCGCCAGGAGCUGAGGGCGGCACGGCCACUGUUCCGCCACCGCGUUCACCACCCAGCGAGUCCAAGGCAAAAGCCAAGGUGCCGCCGCAGGGGUCAAGCCAGCCACCGCCGCCGCCGCCGCUGCUGCCCGCCUCCGAAGCGGAGCCUGGAUCACGACAGCAGCUCCCAGCAAAAGUAGCAGCCAAGGCUGGCAUUUCUAGCGGUGCAGUGAAUGCAAGGAAGAUUGUCCAACGGAGGCAAGCUUCUGGCGGCUCUGCUGCAAUGCAGAGGCCGCUUGACAUCCCAUUAGGUGUCUUUCGGUCGGUAGUUUUGGUGGGGUCACAAAGCAAGGCAGGAGCCGGGGUAACCAGGCCGGCAUCCGUCUGUUUGGGUGCAGGCCCAGGCGUUCACAAGCCCGGUCAGGCCAGCCUUGCGGGGCCGCCAGGUGUUCCGGAGCUAGCGCCUGCAGGGAGCAGUGCAGGGCCCGGCACUGCGGCGCUGGCGCCUCCCUUGGGCCAGUAUCCGCGCGGCAAGGAGCAUCCCAUGCGUGCAGGGUUCCGAUACCUCGCAUGCACGCAAGUCGGGGAAGAAGUAAAGGCGGCCAUGGAGCAAGCGAUUAAGAAGCUUGAUGGCGCACGGCUUUGCACUCCUGGCUACGAGGACGGCCACAUCACCCAUCUUGUGGUAGGCGACACGGUGAUCCGCACGCUCAAGGUGCUACUGGGCAUUGCCAACGGUACCAUUUUCGUGAGGCCCUCUUGGGUCACGGCAUCCCUAGCGGCAGGAGAAUGGGUGCCCGAGGAGCAACACCUGGCGCAGGGCGCCUUUGCUGUGACCGCCAAUGCGCCAGCAGGGCCUUCCACGGGUGUGCUGGCCAAGCCUCUGGCAGGGCAGAUGGUGGCUGUGCACAAUGCCCAGUGCAAGGGACUGGGCCUGGGAGAGGUACAAAAGAAGAAGACGGAGUUAGAAACUAUUGUGAAGCCCCCGCAUCCCGCCUGGCAUCCCAACCGGGCUCCUGGAUGGGGUUAA